AUGUCUCCUCCGAUUCUCGCUCCAGAAUGGCAAGAGCUUGAAAAGGUUCUCGGGUCUCGCCCACUCCUCAAAGGAAGCCCUGAGGACAUCAUUUCCCAAUUUAAUGGUCUUAUGGCAGUGCUGGCAUCGUCUCGGCCGUCUCCCGACCCUUCUGUCGAGACAAGAGAUACAGUAAUCAAAGGGAUUAAUUGUCGGGUAUACAUGCCAAGCAGAAUUAAUUUCCAAGGAGAUUUGCCUCUCGGUGUCUAUGCCCACGGAGGUGGAUUCGUCUGUGGUGACCUCGAGUCUGAAGAUUUUCUCUGCAGGGCGAUUGCAGGGGCUGCAUUCUGUAUUAUCGUAAGCGUCGACUAUCGGUUAGGUCCUCAGUACAAGCUGCCCAUCAUGUUGGACGAUGUCCUGAGUGUUUAUUCGUGGCUUCGGGAUAAUGCUCGUCAGUUUGGCGCCGAUCCAUCGAAAUUAUUUUCCAUAGGUGGGAGUGCCGGGGGGGGCCUUGCGCUGGGAAUUGCCAACCAUUUUGCUCAACAGCCUGAUGGCCACAAACAUAUCCAUGGGGUCGUUGCAAUGGUACCAGUUACUUUGCACUGGAAUAAUAUUCCUUCAGAGUACCAAGAGCACUACAGCUCAUACAGGGAGAAUGCAGAAAAUGUGCCGAUUAUCGACAAGCCCACAAUGGAAUCAUUCUUUGAUGCUGUGAACGCGGAUCCGAAGGAUUCAAGCAUAUUUACUGCAUUGUCGCCUCAUCAUGCGAAGUUCCCACCUACUUAUAUCUGUACUUGUGGCGCUGAUCCCCUUCGCGAUGAUGGUACAGUGAUGGAGAAGGCUCUCAGAAAGGCCGGUGUUCCAACAAAAUUGACGGAAUACCCCAACCUACCUCACUACUUUUGGAUUUUCCCAGAUCUCGAAGCUACCAAGAAAUUUAUCAACGAUACUAUUGCUGGAGUUAAGUGGGUAAUUUCAGAGAUGUAA